AUGGCGGCAGACGACCCAAGCAAUGAAAAGCCUACCAAUGGCGAUACCAAAGAGGAGAUUGUGUCGACUCAAGUUGUCACGAAUGAUGAAGUUCAAGAUGAAAAGAAGCAACAACAACCCCAAGGUGAUAUGCCCGAUAUGAAAUCUCUCACGGUGGAGGAGCUCUAUGACAAGGAAAAGUAUGACAUGUCAACUAUGGAUACGAACGACGUGCUUGCCCUCUUGCAGACAAGCUUAGAUGGUCUUACUUCCUCUGAUGCAGCGGCACGUACUGAAAAGUUUGGGCCAAACAAGAUUGAGACCAAGGAAGUCAACCCCUUCUUGCAAUUUCUUGGUUUUAUGUGGAAUCCAUUGUCAUGGGUCAUGGAAGCUGCUGCUCUUGUUGCUAUUGCUGUAUCCAAUGGUGGUGGUCGACCACCAGAUUGGCCUGAUUUUGUGGGUAUCAUUUUGCUGUUGCUUGCCAACUCGGUGAUCGGCUUUCUUGAAGAACGUCAAGCAGGCAAUGCUGUCAAGGCCUUGAUGGAUGCAUUGGCACCUGAAUGCAAAGUCAAGCGUGAUGGUGAAUGGAAGACCAUGGAAGCUGCAAGUUUAGUUCCUGGUGACAUUAUCAACAUUAAGCUCGGUGAUGUUGUACCUGCCGAUGGUCGUCUUAUUACAGCUCAUGGUGCUGUAUCCAUUGAUCAAGCUGCUCUCACGGGUGAAUCAUUACCUGUUGGCAAAGAAGCGGGUGAUGAAGUCUUUUCUGGAUCCACCGUCAAGCAAGGUGAAGCUGAAGCCGUCGUUAUUGGCACUGGUCUCAACACCUUCUUUGGUCGUGCUGCCAAAUUGGUUGGCGAAGCUGGUGAUGAUAUGGGCCAUUUACAAACCAUCCUUGCACGCAUUGGUAACUUUUGCUUGUGCAGCAUUGGUAUCUUCCUUGUGGUCGAAAUCUUGGUCAUGUAUCCUGCUUUCAAGUACGAGUAUCGACGUGGUAUCGACAACUUGCUUGUAUUGCUCAUUGGUGGUAUCCCUAUUGCCAUGCCGACGGUGUUGUCGGUCACACUGGCUAUUGGUGCUAAGCAACUUGCUGAACACAAGGCCAUCGUUACGCGCAUUACAGCUAUUGAAGAAAUGGCAGCCGUUACCAUCUUGUGUUCGGAUAAGACGGGUACCUUAACGUUGAACAAGCUCAUUGUCGACAAGCCCACAGUGAAACGUUAUGGUGAACCUGAUAUUGAUGAUAUCCUUUUGAUCUCUGCUUAUGCUUCACGUACCGAAAAUCAAGAUGCCAUUGAUUUUUGCAUUGUCAACUCGUUGCCCGAUCCCAAGCAAGCUCGUGAAGGUAUUGAAGAACUCGACUUUAAGCCUUUCAAUCCUGUUGUCAAGCGUACAGAGAUCACCUAUCGCCGUGAAUCGGAUGGCAAAGUUUUACGUGCAACAAAAGGCAUGUCAGCCUUUAUCAUGGAUCUAUGCACUCGUGACAAGACCGAUGAGCAAAUCAAGCAGCUUGAAGAUGAUGUUGAUGAAUUUGCACGCCGUGGCCUUCGUUCACUUGCUGUUGCCGUUGAUGAAGUCCCUAGUGGUGAUCCUGAAGGUGAAGGCUUGGGAUUCAAGUUGAUUGGCUUGUUGCCUAUUUACGAUCCACCUCGUUCGGAUACCAAGGAGACCAUUGAUCGAGCCAUUGAACUUGGUGUGCAAGUCAAGAUGAUUACUGGUGACCAGCUUGCUAUUGCCAAGGAAACGGGUCGUCGACUUGGUAUGGGUGACAACAUGUACCUUUCCAAAACUCUCAAGGAGGGCCCACCAGCUGGUUCAGGUUACUCAACGGUGGAUGAAUUGGUACUUCAAGCGGACGGCUUUGCUGGUGUAUAUCCAGAGCACAAGUACGAGAUUGUGGAGCGGUUGCAAGCAAUGGGUCACAUGACAGCCAUGACAGGUGAUGGUGUGAACGAUGCCCCAGCACUCUCCAAAUCAAACGUGGGUGUUGCUGUUGCUGAUGCAUCGGAUGCUGCACGCUCUGCUGCCGAUAUUGUAUUGACCGAACCAGGUUUAUCAGUGAUCAUUGAAGCCUUGAUUCACUCUCGUCGUAUUUUCCAACGCAUGCGUAAUUAUUCAAUUUACACAUGCUCGGUGACAAUUCGUAUUGUGGUGGGUUUUGCCAUCAUGUGCUUUGCUUUCCAAUUCGAUUUCCCGCCUUUCCUUGUUCUUAUCAUUGCCGUCAUCAAUGAUGGUACCAUCAUGACUAUUUCCAAGGAUCGUGUGCGUCCAUCACCUUUCCCAGAUAGCUGGAACCUAUUUGAGAUCUUUUCUUAUGCUAUCGUUUACGGCUUGUAUCUUGCAGCAUCCACCAUUGCAUUCUUUGCUGUUGCCCACAAGACCAACUUUUUCCAAUCCAAGUUUGGUGUGGGCACCUAUGAUGAUGUAAAUCAUCCCGUAUUCCAUUCGAUCAUCUAUUUGCAAGUGGCAAGCAUUUCGCAAGGUCUCAUCUUUGUGACACGUUCUCAUGGAUUCUUUUUCAUGGAACGACCAUCGACCCUACUUUUGUCGGCAUUUGUCGUUGCCCAAAUUGUUGCUACUUGCAUUGCUGUUUAUGCCAACUGGGGCUUUACCAACAUUGAAGGCUGUGGUUGGCCUUGGGCUGGUAUCGUAUGGGUUUGGAAUUUUGUAUGGUUCCCACCACUCGAUUUAAUCAAGUUUGGUAUGCAACGUCUCUUCCGUCCCAAGAACAUUGCACCUUUGCCUCAUCAAGAAGGUACUCGAUCGCGUCGUUCCUCUGUUAUGUCCGGUUCAGCAUCUGCACGCUUUUAUUCAAACCGCACACGUUCGCUUCGUGCUAUGGAACGCCCUCGCAACUUUGGUCGUCGUUUGCUUGGGCUUAACAAGAAGCUUUCUAUGGAUCCUAACGAGAUGCGUCGUUUCUCAUCUGCUCAGACCAACCAAGCCGCACAAGUCCUUAGUGGUAACACAGGUGCCAAUCAGUCAUGA